UACGUGCAGCGCUUUGCUACCGAAGAAGUGUUAAAGGCUGAGGAGAACGGUGGAGCCGAACCAAACUCAUCGGAUGACGAGAGUUCCAUGUCCGACUACACAGAUGACAUGGCAAAGGAUAUGGAACUAUGACGGCACGCCCGACCCUAGUGACCAUUUGUAUUUGCUACCGUUCGGCUUUCAUCCCUCAUCGUGCCCUGUCCUGGUUAAAGAGGUGACCUAG